CAGGCCAGGCCGCGCGUCCGGGUAUGGCGGCUGCAGCGGAGCGGGCCCGGUGGCGGCAGUGAACCGCUCUCCCGCCCCGUGUGUGUCCGCCCCCUCCGCCCGAGAGCCGGGGCCUCGUUUAGAACCCGUCGGUGAGGCGGGCGGAGGGUGCAGGGUUUCCCGGCCCGCCCCGGGAGGGCCGUCCCACCGUCCCCGUCCCUCGCUGUCCUGCGCCAUGGCCGCCGCCGCUUGGUGCUACCGCGGGAACCCCGAGGCCGAGCAGCCGGCGGUGCUGGUUCUCCAACGGUAGGCUGCUGCGGUCCGACUCCAUGCGGUUCACCGUCUACAGAAGCAAGGAUACGGCCCAUCCCCGGAAGAAGCACCGGAGGAUCCUGGUCUCAGAAACUGACAGGCUUUCGUAUGUGGGGAAUAACUUCAGCAGCGGAGUUAUGAAAUGUAACUCCCUAUGCAGGUAUUUUGUUGGUGUGUUAGACAAGGACUCUGGGCAAAUGGAAGUCUAUAAUGCUGAAAUAUUCAACAUGCAGCCCUUGCUGUCAGAUAACUUAAUACCUGAUGACACGAAGGAUUAUCAGAAUAAAUCCUACAGGGAGAAGAUGGAUUUGUGCAUUGAGGCCUUUGGUACCAGCAAGCAGAAGCGAGCUCUGAACUCUCGGCGAAUGAAUGCAGUGGGCAAUGAUAUUCUGAAUACAGCUGUGACAAAAGCAGCAACAAACAUUAUAAAUGCAAAGGGAGUAACAGCUUUGACCCAGGAUGUGGCCCAAGAUGAUGUACAGAACAUCUCCAUCUUCCUCCCACCAUGUAAUGAAGAUGCUGACAAACCAGAAGAUGUUUACAAGUUUGAGGACAUUCUGUCCCCAGCAGAGUAUGAAGCAUUGCAGGUUCCAGCAGCAGUCUUUGUUAACAUCACUCCGGAAGAAAUCACCAAGAAAAUGGAAGAUAAAAGCCAUUGCUCCUUUGUUUUAGAGGAGCUGAAGUUCCUGCCUGCUGAUGAGAAGAGGAGGGAUCACAAAGCCCGAUGCCUGUGGUUCCUGGACACCCUUAUUAAGUUCAGCCAACUGAAAGUGAUCAAGAAGAAGCAUCCAAUGGGUCCUGAAUGCCCACACAUUAUUUCCAGGAAACUCAUGAAGAAUUUCACUUCAUUGACGUACAACAAUGGCAGUGUCCAGAAUUUAAUCUCUGCAUCAAUGAAGGCUAAAAUCAUAGCAUACGUCAUUGCAUUGGCUCUGCACAUUAACAACUUCCAAACAGACCUCACCGUCCUGCAGAAUGACAUGAAGCUUCAAGAAAGCAGGAUGAUGGACAUUGCAAGGGCCAUGCGGUUGAAGGUCUCCAAGGCAAAGGGGCUGCUGGGACUUGAGAAUGAUCAGAACCACAAGCUGGGCACUCUCUCUCUCCCCUUGCCUGUGCAGAAGUCAUCAGGGAGCCAACGGAAGCGCAAGAAAAUGAACUGAAAUGUCUGGGAGGUCUGAGCAGGGGCAAAACAGUUCCUUUCUCAACUGCCGUUCUGCACACAGAGCAUCAUGGGGAUGCUUUUGUCUGUUGGAUUUGGCUGUCCAGCAUCAGCAUAUGACCUUGCUGAAGCCCUGUCUCAAGGCUGGGUUGGAAUAGAUGUUCAGCUUAUUAAACUGCUUCUUUUUUCUAUUUAUGUAGAAAAAGCUAUGAUAAAACCUUCUUCUUUUUUCCUGUCUGUAUGAGGGGAGAAAGAUGUAGGUUGUGCUGGAGCAAGAGAACAUGGUUGGAAACUGCAGGUCCUCCACUGACUACUGUCUGGUCGGUUCUGGAAAUGACCUGUUGGCUUGUGGCCCAAUUUACCCCUUUUUCACACAUGCAGGGUAGAAAGCAUAGAAGGAGAGAGACUAAGCAAACCAUUGCUUACACACAACUUCUUGGCUCUGGGUGUGUUUGUUUCUCUAGAGUUCCAGUGUAAUUCUGUGUUCAAAAAGUAUAAAGAUGCAACACAAAAUAUUUCUGCCACUUUUCCUAUCCUGGCUUCUUGCCUGGAGGAGGGAGAAUUCUGCUGAGUCAGAGCUGGUUCAUCUUUGGAAAGGGUGAUUAGUUUGAAUCCACAGCUGUGGAUUCCCAGUCCUUGGGAGAGAGACUUUUGGGCUAGUUCCUCUGCAUUUUCACUCUAGUCCUGGGCUUCUGGGCUGUAAGCCUCAUUGCAGGUGUUCAUUAUGCAAGGUUGUAGGAGUCCGAGGCUUCUGAAAAGCUAAGGAUCGCCUCCAAGAGAAAAAGCUUAUGUGAAAUAGGAGCAUGGGAUGUCAAGACCAGUCUUCUCUUUGAGGUGUCUGCUUCAGGUAGUAAUUUGUGUUUAGUACAUCAUUUUGGGAUUUAAGGAUAACUCCUUACACCCCUUAAUGACCCACUAUUCUCAGCUCUCAUUAGAAGUGACACAAACAUCCAGUUUUUUGGGUAGAGGAUAAUUAAUGCCAUGGGAAUUACAGGCUGCAGAUAAUCAGUAGGAAUGUUUUUAUCACAGAAUGGUUGAGGUUGGAAGGGACCUCUGGAGUUUUCCUUGUCCAGUCCCCCUGCUCAAGCAGGGCCACCCACAGCCAGGUACCCAGGACCAUGUCCAGCUGACUUUCGAGUAUCUCCACUGACGGAAGUUCUACAACCUCCCUGGGCAACCUGUGCCAGUGCGUGGCCACCCUCACAGUAAAGAAGUGUUUCCUGAUAUUCAGAGGGAGCCUCCUGUGUUUCAGUGAGUGCCUGUGUCUUCUGGUCCUGGCGCUGGGCGCUACCGAAAGAGCCUGGCUCCAUCCUCUUGGCAUCUUCCCUUCAGGUAUUUAUAGACAUGGAUGAGAUCCCCUGAGCCUUCUCUGCUCCAGGCUCUGAACAGUCCCAGCUCUCUCAGCCAUUCCUCACGGGAGUGAUGCUUCAGUCCCUUCAGCAUCUUAGUUGCCCUUCAUUGAACUGUCUCCAGUAUGUCCAUGUCUCUGUUGUACUGGGGAGCCCAGAACAGGACACAGCACUCCAGGUGUGGCCUCACCAGUGCUGAGCAGAGGGAAAAGAUCACCUCCCUUGAUCUGCUGGAGAUGCUCCUCCUAAAUGCCACCCAGGACACGGUUAGCCUCUGCUGCAAGGGCAUGUUUCUGGCUCAUGUUCAACUCAGUGUCUACCAGGACCUCCAGGUCUGUUUCUGCCAAGCUGUUUUCUGGCUGGGCAGCCCCCAGCAUGUCCUGGUGCAUGGGGUUUCUCCUCCCCAGGUGCAGGACUCUGCACUUCCACAUGUUGAACUUUGGAAGCCUCUGACUUACCCAGGCCUUGUUCUCCAGUCUUCAAGUAGAGUGAAUGUGCUCAGGGAGGUGAUCUGGCUGAAACCACUUUUUGUGGUGUUUUUUUUUUUAAUUCCCAUUAGGAUCUGGUUUUCUGCGUAUCAGAGCCAGCAGCUGUGACUUAAACUGCUAUGAAGCACUACUCUGAGAUCCAUAAUAAUUAGUUUAUCCUCUUUAUCUAAUUUUAGCUCAUUGCUGCUGUGUUUCAGAUGGUUGAUACGGGGCAUGAGGAGGUGAGAUGUGGGUCACCCUGAUGGUGCCAUGGGUUUUUUAGAUGAAAAAUUUAACUGCUGUUGCAAAGCUGUUUCUGUGUGCCAAGGUGAGAAGAGAAGUAGAAAGCAGAGGUGGUUGCCCAACCAACUGAGCAAGAAGUGAUGCUCUUUUGCAUUAUUUGUAGCCAAUUGCAGCAGAGAUGAGGAUGUUAAUGGCCUUUUGACAUCACUGCUGUGUGCAGCAGAGCCUGUUCUGACUGUAUCUGAGAGCAGCACCCCUGAUUCGGGGAAAAUGAGUGCAAAUUUAGUCCAAAUAGGAGAAUGACUCAUCUGCAAUGUGUCUCAGUAUUAGCCGCUGCACUUUGGAGAGCAGCUGUUUGCCUUCCCGAUAACACAAGUGGAGUUCUUCACUAUACAGAAAGAAGUGCCAAGGCAGGGAUGUGGCAGUGGGGGAAGGGGACCAGAAAUCCUGUCUUGAGGCCAGAAAGAUGCCCCCCAGCACUGGGCAGCCCCCACUGAAGCAGGCAGGACAGGGCUGGAGGCAGGUCCUGGGCAGGGGACUCUCACCGGGUGUGAACCAAAGCAAGAUGUAGGUUGUCUAGAGGGACUCGGAGCCCCCGGUCAAGUACUCUCAUCCACAUCACGGAGAGGGGGGUGUGAGUAGGUGCAUGGGUCCCUGGGAGACAACAGGAAAGGUUGAAAAGAGAAAUCCAGUAGCAGUGGGGAAAGAUGCUUUGCUCAAAAUGAGGAGAGGUUUACUAACGCUCAACUUUCUGGGGUCACCUUGCUUGAGAGCACAUCCUGGGCAUUGAGAGUGCAAGACAGGCUGGGAGAGGGGCUGUGCACUUUUCUCCAGAGGCACACGUGCAGGUUGCCCUGUGGGAGACUGACAGGCAUGGCAGCCGCAAGUUAGAGAAUGCUAACCCUCAGCAGAGCACGGUGCCACACGGACAGGCUGGCCAGGAGCGGGACGGCCAUGGCUGCGGCUUUCAUUGGACUGCCACUAAAUGUCUCUGAGCCCACGCUGCAAAAACACCACACCUGCCUGCAGCUGACACCUUCGCAAACGCACGCCAUAGCCGGGCAGCAUGGGCACGCCUGAGCCAGCACAGAAGGAGAUGAUCCAGGACCGAUGACGGGUUGCAUUGUCAUCCUUGUCCGAGUGGGAGCAUGUUCCCGUAGGAGCAGGGAGGCUCCUACGGCUGCCUGGUUUGAAGGUGAUGAGCUCUCACUGCUGCUCCUCUGCCCCGAGAUCACGCCAGUACUUCGCUAGCAUACAGACAACGUUGUAGUCCUCUUGAUAAGGUGUCUGGUCACCAGAUAAAAGGUUCUGUGAACUGGGCUGAGCGCAGGCUCUUUCUCGCACCUAAAAGCAUGGGGCUCUGUAGGACAGUGUUGGGUGGGAGUCAGCUUCUCUCAGCAAUGUUGGCAUAUUCUCUCACAAGUGGUACCUGCACAGACAGCAGAACAGGCGCAGCAGCAGGGAGGCACUCAGCUUUCGCCCAUGCUGCCUUUCUGGAAAUGAGCUCUAAUUAACUCACAAGCAGACAAAUGAGCUCUUUGACCAAAGCAAAAUGCGAGGUCUGUGCUGUGCCAAGAAGUGGCCGUGCGGGUCAUGUGUGUGCGCUAGCUUUGCACAAUGUUCAGGUGGUGAGAAAGCCAGCAGAGCUCCAGAUUGUGCCUUCAGCAACCUGCCAGCUCAGGGGGGCUGUUACCCACUGUGUCACAACGAGCACUUGGACUAGGGGUUUGCACAAGUACAGCAGCACCCCGUGCUGCUUCCAUUAUGCUCCAUAAACUAUCCACUGUAACACAAGAACAUGAAACAUUUCAUAAUUAAUUAACACCAGUGAAAACUGAUUAAUGAGCACCCACUGAAUUCUCUCCACACAAGAAGAGAAUACUAUUUUCUGAUUUUGUGUCUGAAAGUCUUAACUGUACCGAGCAGUUAGGGUCUUAAGUAUAUGUAACAUAAAAUUGAAAGAUUAAUUGGGAAAGCAAAUUUUAUUUUUGCUUUCUUUGUGACGAUGAAGUCAGUAUGAACAUUUGGAUUUUUCCAUAAUGAUUGAUAGUAUAAAUAUUAAUAUUUGAAGACAAUAUUUGAACUCCGUACCUCCAGCUCAGCCUGUCAAAAGUUUGAAGAUACUUGAUCACAUGACCAGGUCUUACUCCAUAUAUUGAAAUUAACUGCUUGCUCAUAUUCUGCAAUGUGAAGUAAGUUCAACUACGUGUAUUUUGGGAACAAUUUUCUGUAUGCCUGCUUGACAGCAUGUGGAUCCUCCAUGGGGCAUUUUGCUGCUCCAAAGUGCAAAAAGCACAGAAUUAAGAGUAUAUGAAAGCUAUUGUAAAGAUCCCAAAUCUCACUGGGUUUUUUUGUUUGUUUGGGGUUUUUUGGGUCUGGCUGAUGAGAUUCAGAAGCCUCUGGGAAGUGCCUGAACAGAAAGAUGUUCUCCUAAACCCCAGGGUUCAGGCCACUGCAGGCAGCCCCAGGGACUGCAGGUUCCCCAUCUUUUGAGGUUCUCCGCAUUGGCUUAGAAGUAUGUGCAAGUUCAGCUGCUACAGCUUCUGUGUGGCAGUAACCACCAAUGUGAACAUUCUGAGCCUCCACACCUAUUGCGAUUGUGCUGUUUAUUUUCCUACAGGCAUUUUCAGAGUAGCACUGAACAUUUCCAGGUGCUUCUGCAGGCAUGCCAACCUUCUGGCAACUUCCAGUUUAAACACACCACC